AUGUAUUCUUUACCUUGUGGAGCAUUAUUCGACACUUUAAAAUGCCUCAAUUCCGACCAAUUAUUCUCGUUAAAACAAACCAAUAAUUAUUUCAAAGGAUUUAUUAGUAGAUACGAGAAAAUAUUGCCAAGAAAGGAAUUUGAAGGAUUUUCUGUAUUAUCUUCUGACAUCAAUGUUUAUGACCCGCCAGAACCGGAUAAAAGAAUGAUUAACCUCAAGUCUGUAAAUUGUGAUUAUUCGUUAACUAGCCAACUUGAGGAGAAGUGGAAAUCUGCUAUAAACAAUAAAAUUUCUACUAGUUUAAAUAUGGACAAAAAAUUGCCACUUGGCGAGCGAACAUUUAUUGUGAUAGGAGAUGGUCGGUCACUUUUUAAUUUUAAAAUUUUAAACUACCUAUCGUAUUUUCUCGAUUAA